UAUGAGAAAGAUUUGUUUGCUCGAUCGAAGGCGAGAGAAGAUAUAAUCAAAAGCAAGGAAACAUUUGUCUUUGUAGAAUGUGUUUAUAACUCUGGCUAACCGCACUUUAUAAACGAAAAUGGACGAAGAGAAAUCGCCUGGAGAGCCAACAGACGAUAGUGAACAAGCACUCGAAACUGAUGAGGUUGAAACUAGCGGUAAUAUUGACAAUUGUAAUGUGCCAAUUUCACAGGACCUGAACACGAACGGCCCUGGAAAUUCGGCAGAAAACGACGUCGAAGAUAAGAAAGCCGACGACAGUAAUAACAACUUACACGGCAAAAGUGAGGGCAGUAGGGUGAAUGAUGGACAAACAGACCUCAAUGCAACGUUCGAGCAACUCGAAGUCCCUAAAGGGCUGCUUAACUACAAAGAAAGUAGCAGAGAAAACAUCUCUGAAAACGCAAGUGCGACCGAAGGAUCCUACGAAGCAACAUCGCCUACUAAAUUAGUCAGUCCACGAAGAGCAAAAAGAAGAGCGAUAUUUGUAUCAUAUGCGCCGGAGGCGAGUUUCUCAGAAAAACGCUUUAUUUCCUACACCAUUAAAGAACUGAAAAAUAUCGGAUUCUGCGAUGAUAUUUGGUUCGAUAAAGACGAUAGCCAGCCCAUACAGAGUCCAUCUUGCUAUCAGCAGAGAUUAGAGAUUGUCGAAAAGUGCCGUGCAGCCGUUAUGUUCUUAUCUGAGUCCUACUUCAACUCGCUGAUUUGUUGUCAUGAAGGGCGAAUAUUACUCCAUCGGGACGAGGAGAAAGAGGGCAAUGAAGAGGUUGAAAAGCCUGUAAAAUUAUUCUGGAUUAACUUGUCUGUCAAGCUUCCUCAAGAAUACAAACAGUUGGCGGAGCGAGUGCUUGAUCUAAGUAAGCACUCUGCUUCAAGUGUGGCUGAACUUUCCUCAGUAGUGGUAGGCAAAUUCAGCGAAACCCUAGAGAAGUAUGCCCCUUUAUUCGGCCUGCGCGUUCCCACUCCUCCAAGGGAGCCAGACGUUUUGAAAUUUGACAGACAAAAACCAGUAUCUUCGUGGAACAUCCACGAUGUACAGGCCUGGCUGGCUUCGUUUAAAAUGCAAGCACAUUGUGCGCUAAGCUUCGAAGAGAACGAAAUCGACGGCUUCUUGUUGGUUUCAAUGAGAGAAACUGACAUGGAAACUCAUUUAAAUAUUGACAGUCGAGUCGCUCGAAAGAAACUUUUGCAAGAAGCCAGGAAAAUUCAAGAAGAACAAGAACAACUCAAAGGAAAUUGGUCUUUGAAGUGUAAAAAGAGCAAAGUCAAAGACGAUUCUGUCUAUGUUAUCUGCGAUCCCAGUGAUGUCCGGUUUUAUCACAAUCUUAGAGCGGACUUAGUGCAGAAAAACCUCAAGGUGUUUAAACACGAGCGACUCGGACAAUCCAAGGACGAAUUCCUACAACUCAACUCUCAACAUUUGGCUUCCUCUAAUCAUGUGAUCAUCCUCCUUUCCACAGCAGCUGCUACGUCACUGUUUGUCUACAACGAGGUCCUUUUUGCUGAUUGGUUAGGAAAACGUCUUUUAGUUGCCAUGACAGCCAACUCGUGGGAAAAACUUCGGCCCAACCUGCAAGCCAUCCUGGGAAGCUGCCCUGCGGUAAAUUUUCAAGAUAAUCUUUACGAAGACAGUGUUGCCAUACUGUUGUACCGCUUGAAACCUUUUCGAAACAUGCCCGCCGUGAUCUUGGAGCAAGAAUUCUUGGAUAGAAUGUUUGAGGGUCUAAAGCCCCUGAGAGUGAUUGCAGCAGUCCCUGAGACGAGCUACGUCAAAAUGGAAGACACAUCUCCACGUCCAAGCCUUUUCCUCAGUUACCACUGGGAUGUACAAAAUAAAGUACAAGUACUUGUUCAGUAUUUGGAAAGUCACGGAUUCCAGUGCUGGACUGACGUGAGUAGCGCAAAUAAGCGUCACGCCUCAGGAAAAUCACCAACCCACGAGAACUCACAGAGUCAGAUUCAGCGAAACAUCAAGGCCGCUGCAGCUGUCGUGUGUUGCGUGACACCCAAGUAUGUUUGCUCCGAAAACUGCAUAAAGGAUCUCAGCCUCGCUGAAUCAAUGAACAAACCGGUCGUUCCCGUGAUGUUUCAGUGGUUGGCAUGGCCACCCGAGGGUGGUCGUGUGCGUAGGAUUUUGGCACCACUUCAAUGCAUCGAUAUGAGUAAUGACAGUUUGUUUAGGAGGAACCUGAGUACUGUUGAAAGCCAUUUAAGCAAAUUCGCAGGAAAACACAGUCCAGGUGAUACGCAAGUGAUAGAGCAUGUGCGAAUUGCUAAUAGUCAGAGAUCAAAUCAAAAACAUCAACAAAAAGCUUGAGUUAAAACAGCUUUUAAGUCAGUUGGUGAAAAAACGUCAACACACCAAGUUUUUCACCCACUUACACCAUACUUCACUUACACCAUACUCUGGUGUCUCUGAAUACUGACAGGACUGAAGGCAAAGCAAGAUAUGAAUUGGAAACAAAACUGAGCCUACCUGUAUGUUGACACUGCUGCCAUCUCGAGAAAAACGCCCUUUUUGAGAUGAGGGAUUGUAUAUAAAUCCAAUACAUGUUUCUUGUUGAGGGCAUUCCAAGUUAGUCUUGUUGUCUUUGUUGAUUAUUGUUUCUUUUUGUCCCCAACAUCCUCUUUGUUUACCGUUUAUGUUGGUAGUGCGCAUCUCCAGUCGACGAAAUUAGUUCAUAAUGCCACUCCAUAUAGUUGGUCUUGAGGUGUAAUCGUCGGUACAUGGGAGUAUACUUCUGUAAAGGAUUGUUGUUAGCAAUACUGACUUAUGUUUGACGCCUUCAGCAGAAGUCAAACUCAGAGUUAAAUGAAACAAGAUUUCACUGAAUUCUUUAUAAUGUCAAUAAGCUACCGGUAUUCAUUGUAAUCCACAACAGCGUUACUCAUGACACCCUCUCAUCCCGACCAUCAGACCACGCCAUCGACUGUUACUCGUAUACAUCACAUGCGCACGCGCGUUUCAACUGCGAAUUAAUUAAAAAUUAGAACCUA